AUGUCUUUGCCUAAUGCUUCCAACACAGAUCACAUCUGGACCUCGCCUCAAUCUCUCAAAGAACCUUCUGCGGCUGAUAUCGUGACCUUUACGUUCGCUAACCUUGGUCAAUAUGAGAAGAACAAGCCGAUCUUUAUCGAUGCAAAAGAUCCGACCCAGUCUGUUUCCGCCUCCCAAGCGAUCUCAACUAUGCGCCAACUUGUCAACGGCCUCAAGGACCUUGGUGUGAAGGAGGGAGACUGUGUGUGCCUACACGCCUUUAACAACAUCUGGUAUCCUUUGAUAUGGCUUGCCAUUAUCGGGUCUGGGGCAAUUGUAUCUCCCAUCAAUCCUGCAUAUACCUCUCUCGAGCUCGAAAGACAUCUUCGCCUUACACACCCUAGACUCAUCUUCACUCAGCGAGAUUGCUUUGAGUCGAUCGAAGAAGCUGCCUCGAGAUGUGGCAUUCCGAAUUCUCAUAUCUUCCUCAUUGAAAACAACCAAGAGCAAAACAGUCAGGGAUGUCCUAGUUGGAAGACACUGUUGGCCGAAAACGAAGAACAUGAUCCGGUGCCUCUUUUCGAACCUGGUAGAUCCCUGCAAGGUCGGCUGGCGGUGUACGCUUUGACCAGUGGCACAACUGGACUGCCAAAGGCGGCUAUGAUUCCACAUCAAUACGUUGUCGCACAAGCGGCAGCGCUGGAGAGCGAGUUUAUCGACAGGGAUUACCAGCCAUCACAGCUCAUCUGUCUGCCUGUAUUUCACGCAUUUGCAUCCCCUCUCGCCCUUGUACUCCCGCUCCGUCUGGGCAUGCCGACGUAUUUUCUGCCAAAAUUCAACCUGUCAGACUUCCUGCUGGCAGUAUCCAAGUUCGGCAUCACCGAUACGCCCAUUGUCCCUCCCAUUCUUGGUACACUGGCUCAUUUGUCAGAGGUAGAAAUUCAACACCUCCAGAGCCUGCGCUACGUCAUAUGUGCCGGGGCUUCUUUGAACCCAAGGGUGCAAGAGAAGCUAGCUUCAAGGUUGCAUAAGGACGCAAAUGUUGCUCAGUGCUGGGGCACCACCGAAGCUGGCUGGCAUGCUCUGCUCGCCUGGAAAGAGAAAGAUACUUCCGGAAGCGUAGGAAGAUUGUUGCCAGGUGUCGAGCUGAAGCUGCUGGAUGACCACGGUCACAGCAUUGGGGAUGAAGAACAGGAAGGAGACGCUCUUAUCAGAGCACCGGCAUUGUUCUCCGGCUAUAUUGGUGACGUAUCUGCCAGUUUUGAGGCCUUCAAUCGUGAGGGAUUCUAUCGAACUGGGGAUCGGGCAUUCAUUCGAGGUGGCAAGUUGUAUUACACCGGAAGACGAAAAGAGAUUAUGAAGGUCAAUGGUUGGCAAGUCUCGCCUACGGAGGUAGAAAACGUUCUUGCAGAGCAUCCACUCAUCGACGACGCAGCCGUUUAUGGCGAGCAGUCUGAGAACGUCCAAGGCAUUUGCCAAACGCUGCUCUGUGCCUAUGUUGUGCGGAGAUCUCUGGAAACUGUCAGCACUGGAGUCAGUGGUUUGUUGGAAACACCUAAAGACGAGCGAGCCGGCCACAUGUUGAACGAGCAGGACGUCAUGGAUUUGGUUGCAUCGAGACUGAUUUCAUACAAGCACUUGAAACGAGUGUCGUUUGUCAAGAAGAUACCCCGAUCACCAACCGGUAAGAUUUUGAGGUGGCAGCUGGAUGAUGUCGAGGUGGAGGAAUGA